AUCACAUCUUUACCUUAAGAAUUGCUUCCUUCAUUUAGCAGGUGUCGUUAUAAACAAGACAGCGAUUAUUUUUCACUCAGCGACCGAUGGGGGCAAAAGUGGCGCACUGCAUGAGAAAUCAGCGAGAGCAGCCAGAAGAAGAAGAAGAAGGGACUUUGCAGCAUAUUUGAUAGUGUGUGCAUUCUUCAGCUUUUUUCUUCAACAACUAUAUUAACUUUGUAUGAAUAUGUAUUACAUAUUUGUAUAACGUAGAUAUUGAAAUGGUGGAAAAAAAAAAUUCCAACUUUAAAAAAGCCCAUGCGCAGUGAACUAAACACCAGGUGAGGCAUAGAGUACGUUUUGAUGGAGGAUAGCUAUUGCUGCUUCAGAUACAAAUACAGAAAGGCCAAUCGUUUGGCCCCGCCCCCUCCUGUGAGUUAGCGGCACAAGAAGGAGGAUGUUCCAUCAUGGCGCCGGCGUUGGACAGGCAAGGUUUCUGGGGUCGGCCCACUUCCACGCUGGACUGGUGCGAAGAGAAUUAUGCCGUCUCCUUCUACAUCGCUGAAUUCUGGAACACGAUCAGCAACCUGAUUAUGAUUAUUCCUCCUAUUUGUGGAGCCAUCCAGACAUUUCGUGAUGGCCUUGAGUUUCGCUACAUCUGCUCUUUCCUUGGACUAGCGGCUGUUGGCGUUGGUUCGUGGUGCUUCCACAUGACACUUCUCUAUGAAAUGCAGCUACUGGAUGAGCUGCCAAUGAUUUACAGCACGUGUGUCUUUGUCUACUGCCUAUAUGAGUGCUUCAAACAAGAGAACAGCGUUAGUUGGUUUCCUGUAGCAUUAUUAUUCAUCUUCAGUGUCACAGUCACUGCGGUCUACUUGCAGUGGAAGGAACCAGUGUUUCACCAGGUUAUGUACGGUGCUUUAGUAGCUUGUCUGGUGAUGCGAUCUGUCUUUAUAGUUACAUGGAUGUAUACAUGGUUGCGGCCUUUGUGUUACACUUCCCUGGGUGUGUUCAUGCUAGGGUUUUUCCUGUGGAACAUUGACAAUGUCUUUUGCGACUCAAUAAGAGCCAGUAGGCAAACACUUCCCCCUGGUGUUGGAGUGCUAACACAGUUCCAUGCCUGGUGGCACAUCUUCACAGGCUUGGGGUCCUACCUGCACAUACUUCUUAGUUUGCAAAUCAGAUCAACUUACCUCAAGCACCGACCAAAAGUAAAGUUUUUAUGUGGCGUUUGGCCCACUCUGCACAUUGAGCCACAAAAGACAAGCUGAAAUGAAGGACCUCCCAAGGGAUGGUGACCCAUCACCUUGAGGACCAACCAUUGCCCCUCGUCUUCAGCUACGGGGAUGUGUGCACCCCAUAAGCCCUGGACUAAUGGAGGACAGUAAGGCACUGACACUACUUUUAUUGGAAACUUCCUUUUUUUUAAACCCAUAAUCAUUUAUUAGAUCAGCUUUCCAGUGAUUUGCUUAUUGUUAAUGCCAAAUUAUUAGGUUCAAUUGUGUGUUACUGAUGCUCAUAAACACCUGUAAUGGAAAUUCUUUAUCUAGGAUAAGGAGAAGAGAAAAUACAGUGAAUCUGCAUUACCUUCACUGGCGUUAGUGCUAGAGCUCCCUUGGACAGACAGAACCCCCACAUCCUUCACAAAACACAAAUUAUUGAGCAAUUAAGUUUGCAUGUUCUCCCGUGACUGCGUGGGUUCCCGCCAGAUACUCCGGCUUCCUCCCACCUCUAAAGACAUGCACCUGGGAAUAGGUUGAUUGGCAACACUAAAUUGGCCCUAGUGUGUGAAUGUGAGUUUGAAUGUUGUCUGUCUAUCUGUGUUGGCCCUGCGAUGAGGUGGCGACUUGUCCAGGGUGUAUCCCGCCUUCUGCCCGAAUGCAGCUUCUUUUUUUUUUUAAAUACCACUCCACUACAAUUUAAAGACAUCAUGAGUCCAUUCCAUAGGUUAGUGUUUUUCUUACCUACCAUUAUUCACUGUUUGACUAAUUUCACUUUAUCAAACCGUUCCACACUACAGAAUAAUAAAAGUAUGUACUACGAUUCUGGCUAAUACUGUAUCAAAUUAAUAUCAGCCAGUAUUCAAGACUCCAAUAUUGGUAUCGGAUCGGAAAUUCAAAGUUGUAUCAAGACAGAAUGUAGUCCAAAAUAGUACAGUGGUUUUAUGAAGUAAUGUAAUAGUUAAGUACAGCAUUUACCUUGGAGAGUAGACCUAUACAGUAUCUCCUUUCAGCUGCUUCUCCGUCAAACACACCAUCAGCAGCUUCCCAUAUUUUAAUAGAUAAAUGUCAACGUGUAAAUAUUAUUUUAACGUCCUCGGCUGGCGUCAUGGACUCAAUUUGCUUCAGUAUGGUACAGGCUUGAAGAUCAACGCUAAGUUAGCCAGCUACACGCUCCGUCAUGUUUUUGAUGAUUUCUGUCUUUAAAGGGGAACAUUAUCACCAGACCUAUGUACCGUAAGCGUCAAUAUAUACCUUAUGUUGCAGAAAAAAGACCAUAUAUUUUUUAACCGAUUUCCGAACUCUAAAUGGGUGAAUUUUGGCGAAUUAAACGCCUUUCUAUUAUUCGCUCUUGUGUGACGUCACAUCGGGAAGCAAUCCGCCAUUUUCUCAAACACAUUACAAACACCGAGUCAAAUCAGCUCUGUUAUUUUCCGCUUUUUUGACUGUUUUCCGUAAUUGGAGACAUCAUGCCUCGUCGGUGUGUUGUCGGAGGGUGUAACAACACAAACAGGGAUGGAUUCAAGUUGCACCAGUGGCCCAAAGAUGCGAAAGUGGCAAGAAAUUGGACGUUUGUUCCACACACUUUACCGACGAAAGCUAUGCUACGACAGAGAUGGCAAGAAUGUGUGGAUAUCCUGCGACACUCAAAGCAGAUGCAUUUCCAACUGGACUGGACAGAUCAGCUUUCAGGAAAAGAGAUCGGAUGAGGGUAUGUCUACAGAAUAUAUUAAUUGAUGAAAACUGGGCUGUCUGCACUCUCAAAGUGCAUGUUGUUGCCAAAUGUAUUUCAUAUGCUGUAAACCUAGUUCAUAGUUGUUAGUUUUCUUUAAUGCCAAACAAACACAUACCAAUCGUUGGUUAGAAGGCGAUCGCCGAAUUCGUCCUCGCUUUCUCCCGUGUCGCUGACUGUCGUGUCGUUUUCGUCGGUUUCGCUUGCAUACGGUUCAAACCGAUAUGGCUCAAUAGCUUCAGUUUCUUCUUCAAUUUCGUUUUCGCUACCUGCCUCACACUACCACCAUCCGUUUCAAUACAUACGUAAUCUGUUGAAUCGCUUAAGCCGCUGAAAUCCGAGUCUGAAUCCGAGCUAAUGUCGCUAUACCUUGCUGUUCUAUGCGCCAUGUUUGUUUGUAUUGGCAUCACUAUGUGACGUCACAGGAAAAUGGACGGGUGUAUAUAACGAUGGUUAAAAUCAGGCACUUUGAAGCUUUUUUUAGGGAUAUUGCGUGAUGGGUAAAAUUUUGAAAAAAAACUUCAAAAAAUAAAACAAGCCACUGGGAACUGAUUUUUAAUGGUUUUAACCAUUCUGAAAUUGUGAUAAUGUUCCCCUUUAAUUAAAUUAAUAUCAUCAACUUCUUCUUCUCAGCACUGUCCUUCACUCUCAUGUUCCUACUUCUCAUGCUUGAAAAAAACAGUUAUGUCCAGUAAGACCGGGUGUUUUGGUCAGAUCUUACAGUGUUCAUUCACUGUGACUUGCACUACACCACUUAGUGGUGGGGGACUAAAAAUUUUGCUCGCAAUCUAAAGCAUAACAAAUAGCCAAGAGAUGGCUCUUAUCUUGAAGAACUUGUGAGCUUAGGUUUGUGUUUUUUUUAAACAAAUAUUACCCUUUAAUUGCCAAUGUUCUUUUUAGAGACACACAUGAACCAACUACUGUACUUUAUUUUACUCACAUGUACACCACUCACCAACGUAAGUUUUGGCUAUUGAACUUUGGGGUGAUAUUAUAUAUUAUAUUUACAGAUGAGCUUUGGUUUUUACACAACUUGCGGUUCUCAAACAAGGAAGUAAACGGCAAAAUGGACACGGGUGUGUGUGCGUGUGUGCGUGCGUGCGUGCGUGCGUGCGAUCCAUGGAUAGAUCAAUAAAUGUCUCGGUUCAAUUAGAACUGGUAUUUAAAAGAAAACUGCACUUUUUUUCCAUUAUCCACAAUCCUCAUGUGAGACAAGAACACACAAGUCUUUGCCUUUUCUGUGCAUUUUAAAUAGCAAAAAACCUCUAGUGUGAGGCGGCUCACAUUGCAGGUAAUAAGACUCGUCUAUUCCGCCUACAAAGCGCUCCAAAAACAGCCAACAAUGCUUUAUUUACAUGAUGUGACCUGCAUAUUAACCAAGAUAUAGCAACAUUGUUAUUAUAAGAGCUUUUAUAUUUUCUGGCAUAGUGACACAUUGCCUUGCUCACACUGCUCCUCCAACCUCUUCUAGCUACUAGCGAGCUUGAGCUGCUAAUAACGUUGGUUGAAACUCUCCAUUAAUAAAAGCAAUUUGAGCUGCUUUUGCUGCUGUAAUAACCUUUUGAGUUAGUACAAUUUCAAGAUAGAUUAUAAAUCAUACACCUCAUCUGUAUAGUAGAAGGGUGUUGCACCAAGUUGGUCAAUUUUGAAAGUUCACACGUGACCAACUCGAUAUUACUGUAAAUGGCUCAACAAAUGUAACACAGCGUAAAGCCGACAACAUCACUAGAAAGCAUUUUUUAUGAGGAUUAUUCUGAAUUUAGCAGCUCAAGGAGAGCACAAGUGCUGAAAGAUACAAACAUCCCAUCAGUCGACAUUGUAAGUCAUUGUUUUAAGUUCCUCUUUAAAAUGUUAGGUAAAAGGGCUACAUGAUAACGCUCCAAAGCUCUCGCCAAGUCUGCUAUUAAUGGUAGCAAACAUUGAAAGUGCUCUCUAUGUUGUUGUUGUUGACAGAAAUAGUGUUCGUUGCUAUGCGCUCUGUGAAAACGAUGUACCCAGGAAAGAAGUAUUGGUAAUGCUUAAAUGAGUAAAAUACUAUAUAUAUUAAUAUAUGAAUGUGCCUGUUACUACAUUACAUCAUAUCCCUAUUACCCGCAUUGUUUGCCCCCUCUUGCUAGCAAUGUUUCACCAUUUAGAAUGCACAGAAAAGGGAAAGUAUGUGUUCUUGUCUCACUUAAAGUUUGGGGAUGACCAAAAAAUAGUGUAGUUCCUCUUAGAACAUCCUUUUCAUCAUGCGGUUCACAUUUUGACAUCACAACACCGAACAAUUGAUCAACUGUACCUCACCAUUCAAACAUGCUGUACUUAGAGGGAAGUAUUAGGUUAGAACAAGGUUGUGUAUUUUUAAAUGAAAAAAUUAUUGAGACUUUUGCCGUUCAGCACCUUGCUAAAGAACAGCGACUUGUGUAAUUGCUGCUGAAACAUUGAAGAGUUGGGCAAGUCUAGCGAGGGUUAAAUGACCACAAUACAGCGGUGCAGCAACUUGAUUUGUUUGUCUUAUUUCUCCGCUUGUGCAACCAUGCAUGACACUGCCACUAGAUGGCGUACAUGCCAACCCUGCCAUGAAAGUUGACCUUCCUCAUCCAUGAAUUUAAUGAUCUAAUGAAGGUUUUGAUUUUAUUGUCUAUGUGAUGAAAAAGGGAACCUGUGUGAAACAUACAGUAAGGUUGUUUUUUUUAACUUAAUGUGGCACAUUUAGUGCCAGUGACUAUUUCUGAACAUACUUUGUUUUUUCAAACAAGUAUUACCAUAUUUCAUAUGUUUGUGCCUGGAAUGUUCAUCACCUCUUGUGUAAAUGAUACGCAGUUUUUCAAAUGUGUGCCUUAUUUGGUGGUAUGCAAGUUAAUCCAUGCUGCCUUAUUUGUUCACAUGAAAAUGACUUUGUGUAGGACAUUACAAGAAUUUGUGCUUCUACUGUAUGUUGUACUACUGAUCACAUGUUAUAGUAACAUUAUAUGUCUUAACAUCAACAUUUACACGUGUAUUCCAAUAUUUCAUGUUGUGUGUAUGAAAUAAUAAAUGUCAUGAAUUGUAAACCAGUGUUUGACGCUAUUUUGCCCAGCAAUUCUGCAAAAAGUUUGGUCAACUUGAUGGUCGCAGCUAUGACCAUGAGUCGUGUUGAUAGCAUGGCGUGUCUUGCCUUGUCUUUUCACAUCGCUCACACCAAAGCAGGUGUGCCAAAUCUGGCCCGUGUAUGGGUGGCUUCCUUAACUGAAUACAUAUUCAUACUGACCCUGUUUCAAGCUCA